AUGAUCUGCGGCGCGAGGCGGCAGCCGCGGGGCCCCGCGGACGGCACCGGCGGCCCCCGACGGCCCGGGGGGGCCUUCAAGAAAAUGGGCCUGUCGGACGACGAGGACAUCAAGCUCAUGCUGAAGGGCUCUCUGCUGUGGAAGAUCAAGGCGCCGCGGGCCAAGGAGCGCCUGUACCGCCUGCAGGAGGACGGCUUGACCAUCUGGUUCGAGAGGCGCUUCCGGCACGCCCGCUCCAAGCACAUCUUCUCCGUGAUGCACAUCGAGGGCGUGCGCCCGGGGCGCCAGUCCGAGGGGCUGCGCAAGUUCGGCGGCUCCUUCCCCGAGGGGCGCUGCUUCACCAUCGUCUUCAAGGGCAAGCGCAAAAACCUCGACCUGGCCGCCGGCGCCGAGGAGGACGCCCGCCACUGGGUGCAGGGACUCAGCAAACUCAUGGCACGAGUGGCCGCCAUGAGCCAGCGGGAGAAGCUCGAGCACUGGAUCCACGAUAUCCUGCGGCGCGCGGACAAGAACCGGGACAACAAGAUGUGCUUCGGCGAGGUCAAGGACAUGCUGCGCAUGAUCAACAUCGACAUGAACGAUGUCUACGCCUACAAGCUCUUCAAGGAGUGCGACAGGUCGGGCGACGGGCGCCUGGAGGAGCGCGAGCUGGAGGAGUUCUGCCGGCGCCUGCUGCGGCGCCCCGAGCUCGAGGAGCUUUUCCGGCGCUUCUCGGGCGAGGACUGCGUGCUGUCGGCCGAGGAGCUGCGCGACUUCCUGCGCGAGCAGGGCGAGGACGCCAGCCUGCGGCGCGCGCGCGCCCUCAUCCACGCCUACGAGCUCAGCGAGAGAGCCAAACAGCAGGAUCUCAUGAUGCUCGAUGGCUUCAUGAUGUAUCUGCUUUCCGCCGACGGGGACAUCCUCAACCAGGAGCACACCAAGGUGCACCAGGACAUGAGCCAGCCCCUGUGCCACUACUUCAUCUCCUCCUCCCACAACACCUACCUGACCAACAAUCAGAUCGGGGGCACCAGCAGCACUGAAGCCUACGUCAGGGCGCUCAUGAAGGGCUGUCGCUGUGUGGAGCUGGACUGCUGGGAGGGCUCCGAYGGGGAGCCCAUCAUCUACCACGGCCACACGCUCACCUCCAAAAUCCUCUUCCGGGACGUCAUCGAGAGCAUCCGCGAUUACGCCUUCAAGCAAUCGCCCUACCCCGUCAUCCUGUCCCUGGAGAACCACUGCGGGCUGGAGCAGCAGGCCACCAUGGCCCGCCACAUGAAGACCAUCUUGGGGGACAUGCUGCUGACUGAGCCGCUGGAGGGACAGGACCCCAAGGACCUCCCGUCCCCAGAGCAGCUGAAGGGGAAGGUCCUGGUGAAAGGGAAGAAGCUGCCGGACCUGCAGUGUGAGCCGCAGAGCGGCGGCUCUCCGUCGGGCUGUGAGGAGGAGGAGGAGGAAGAGGAGGAAGAGGAGGAGGAAGAGGGGCUGCAGGAGAGAGCCCUGCGGCAGUCGCUUCACUCUCUGCAGGAGCUCAAACCGUUGCAGGCCAAGGAGGCCUCUGAGGUGGCCCCGGAGCUCUCCUCCGUGGUGGUGUACUGCCAGGCCGUGCCCUUCCCCGGCCUGGCCCAGGCCCUGCGCGACCCGCGGCCCUGCCAGGUGUCGUCCUUCAGCGAGAGGAAGGCCCGGAAGCUCAUYAGGGAGGCAGGCAAGGCCUUCGUCCGCUACAACGCCCAGCAGCUCAGCCGCGUCUACCCGCUGGGGCUCAAGAUGAACUCGUCCAACUACAACCCACAGGAGAUGUGGAACGCCGGCUGCCAGCUCGUGGCCCUCAACUUCCAGACGCCGGGCUACGAGAUGGACCUCAACGCCGGGCGCUUCCUGGGCAACGGGCGCUGCGGCUACGUGCUGAAGCCCGGCUUCCUGCGCGGCGCGCCCGAGCCCGGCCCGGCCCCGCGCCUGGCACUGGCCAUCAGGGUGAUCACGGCGCAGCAGCUGCCCAAGCUCAACGCCGAGAAGCGCCGCUCCAUCGUGGACCCGCUGGUGCGCGUGGAGAUCCACGGCGUCGCCGCCGACUGCGGCAGGCAGCAAACGCGCCACAAGCUCAACAACGGCUUCAACCCCCGCUGGGAGGAGACGCUGGCGUUCCAGCUGCGGGCGCCCGAGCUGGCCCUCGUGCGCUUCGUGGUGCUCGACUACGACAGCACCUCCUGCAACGACUUCGUGGGCCAGUUCACGCUGCCGCUGGGCAGCAUGCGCCAAGGCUACCGCCACAUCCACCUGCUCUCCAAGGACGGCGCUUCCCUGGCGCCCGCCACGCUCUUCGUGCACGUUACGUGCCGGCGCCUGUGA